UUUCCUUUACCUCCGACGGCGGCCCCACGCUGAGAAUUACUUGGUUAAAGCAUCAGGGCAAUGGUCUUCAAUGGGGGUCUAGUCCUGGGACUCCACAGCUUGAUGAGCCUCCUGAGCCCGCACGAAGCUGGGGCCAUCAAGGCUGAUCACAUGGGCUCCUAUGGACCAGCCUUCUACCAGUCCUAUGGUGCCUCGGGUCAGUUUUCCCAUGAAUUUGAUGGGGAACAGCUGUUCUCUGUGGACCUGAAGAAGAGGGAGACCGUGUGGCGUUUGCCUGAGUUUGGCAACUUCGCCUACUUUGACCCACAGAAUGGGCUGGCCAGCAUCGCCAUGAUCAGAGCCCAUCUGGAUGUCUUGGUGGAACGCUCCAACCGCACCAGAGCCACCAACGUGCCUCCGAGGGUGACUGUACUCCCCAAGUUUCGAGUGGAGCUGGGCCAGCCCAACGUCCUCAUCUGCAUUGUGGACAACAUCUUCCCUCCUGUGAUCAAUAUCACCUGGCUGCGCAACGGUCAAAUAGUCAGCGAGGGGGUGGCCCAGACCAGCUUCUAUUCCCAGCCUGACCAUCUGUUCCGCAAGUUCUGCUACCUGACGUUCGUGCCCUUUGCAGACGACAUGUAUGACUGCAAGGUGGAGCACUGGGGCCUGGAGGAGCCGCUCCUCCGGCACUGGGAGCCCCAGGUGCCUCUCCCAGUGCCAGACACCACUGAGACUCUGAUCUGUGCCCUCGGCCUGGCUCUCGGCCUCGUGGGCACCAUCCUCCUCAUCAGAGGCAUGUGCUUGUCCAGCGCCCGCAGGUAAUGAACCUUCUGAGAAAGAAAUGUUGUGGGAGACGCUCUAUGGAUUCCUUGCAAGUUUCUGACAGCCCUUGCAUACUCAGUGCCUCAGUCUACUAAGUAUAUCCUACUGUGCUGACUUCAGAUGGGAUCAAACUCUGUGCUAUAGGUCUCCACUCUUAGACCCGGGACUCAUCGCAGGACUUGUGGGGCAGCAACUAGCCCCCUUCGCACCCCCAACACACACACCCCUUUCUUGCUCUACCUGAAGCUCUGGCUGGCAGCAGUACAGUUUUUAAUGGUGUUUGUACGGCAUCCUUCCUACCACGUCUUGGCCAAUUCUCCUAGGGUGUGAGGGAUGCUAGGAACCUAGAAGAGGGGAUGCCAGGUGAUGACCAUUGAGCAGGACCAUUUCAUACUGGGGAUUGGCAGCCAUCCUCAGGUCAGUGCAGCUAUGUCUCGUUCCAUUUGAGUCACCCAUUGUGUGUUAGUUAUGAAUGGGCCAUUUCACAAGGACUUCAUGAAAUUUACCUUCUGAAUUCAGAUUUGCCCCCAAAGGAGUUUUCAGGAAAGGAAAGGUUCGUAGGAAUUGUACUCUGGUCCACGUUAACCCCCUAAGGAAGAGGCCAUAGGUAACCAGCCAUGAUCUACAAUGACAUUUCCUUUUUCUACAUUCCCCAGAGUCCCAGGCAUGACAAAGAGAGGUCCGAGGCUUGGAUAUGAUGGUUACUUCCUUAGUCUGGGGUUAAUCAUAGAAGACUUGGUCAUGUGUUUAGAGAGAGUUCAGGUGGAUCUCUCUUAGUGGUUUUCAAACUGGAAUGUACAUGAGAAUCCCUUGGGAGCCUUUGAAAAAGUACAGACUUCGCCCAGAUCUACUGAAUUAGAAUCUUGGGGGGUGGGGAGAGCGGUAGCAGUCUGCAAUUUUUAACACGCUCCAGAUGAUGCUGGUGCAGCCAUGCUGGAUUUAGACUGAGGUCUGACAUAGCCUGACACAGCCUGAUGAUCCUAGGAGAGGGAGAUUCUUGAGGUUGGAGGUGGUCCAGGAAGGCUUUCUGGAGAACCCGAGUCUUUUCAGGCAUAAAAGUUGAGGAAGUUACAGGUAAGUUGAGACAAAAAGUGGUUUGGCAUUGUGAGCAUUUGGUCCUAGAGAAGAAAAAAACCAAGAGAUCAUGAAGACACUGUGGAUUUCCCAAGAGAGAAUAAGUUGAAAGAAUGGCCAGAAGAAGACCCUGUUGGAAAUGGGGGAGGAUCGUCCUAGUCAAGGCUUUUGCCAGUAACGAAACCCUCUUAAAGUGAUCACAGAUAUAAGGAGAGGAUAUUUACAAUAAAGACAGAGGAGUGGUGCCCUGAACUCAAGGGUGGGUUUUAGCCAAGCCUUCCAGGGAACAGAAUUCAGAAAUGAAAAGCCAGGAGAAUCUAGAGAAGCCUCUCUUGCCCUCUCUCCUGGCCAAAUGGCCUGUGUUGUCCCUCUGCAUGGCAGCUGCAUUAGCCACAUUAUUCUGCCUCUCAGGACUAUCCUUUUCAGCUAACACGUCCACCUGCAGCUCCUGAUUUUGUACAUCACCUCAGCUCUAUCCACCCACCAACACCACCUCCCAGUCACAAUUUUAAAUUCUUGGAAAACCAAAUGAAUGCCCAAACUUGGGGCAGGUGUCCAUCCCAGUCCGAUGUACCGUGACCAGAGGCACAAGAUCCACAGUACAAACCCCUCUGAGGAGAGGGGUUGGAUCAUUCUCAGAGAAAGAAGAGUGGGUUGAUUCUCAGAAGACACCUCAAGAUACGUUUGUCCCCAACAUGCCCUGAUCUCUGCUGAUCUUUUGCUUAAAAGUUAACUUGAUCAUCCUUGGAAAAGCUGCUUCUCUGAUCUCUGUCCGAAUGUUUAAUAAGGUCAUUAAAAGUGUUUUCUUUUGA